AUGGAUCCCAUUAGCAUGGAGAAGAUCAGGGCCAUGAACAAGUACAACAAGAGCAGGAGGCAGCUGCAGCUUCCUACUCUCUCAGUCUACAUGGCUGCCACCUUUGUCCUCUGCCUGCUGCUCACUAGCCCUGCCUGGUUCCCCAGGCUGUGCUCGUUCCUCAGCUUCUUCUUCCUCACCAUCACCACCCUCCCUGACCUGGUCACGUCCUUCCUGCUCAGCCCCAAGUGCCUCUUCGUCGUCGGCAACCUCAUCGUUGCCUUCCUCGUUGGGGAGUCUAGGCUGGCGCCGAGGAGGGACGAUGACCAGCCUUCCUUGGUGAACGAGAUACAUGAGGACCAUGUGAAGAAGAACACGGCGAUGGCCGCAAAGACGACUACCGCAGCAUCAGCAGCAGUGGCGGUGACGGCGGCUGACCACAGCGCCUUUGUCGGAGCCGCCGUUGUGGAGGAGGUGGAGGUGGAGGCGAAGGAAGAGGAAGGAGAAGAGGAGGAGCUGCACAAGAGAGUGGAGGACUUCAUUGCAAGGGUCAAGAAGCAAAGGAAGUUGGAGCUCAAAAGCUUCUUCGAUGUCGAUCGAUGA